GGCCAGAAAAAUAUCGCGUACUCCUAGAAAUAUCUGUUCAUUUCCUCCGGAAAAUUGUUUUCCCUCACGAAGCUGAAGUACGACUUUUACCAGAUCCCGUGCGAUCAACCGUGAAUCCUGGUUGGAAUGCAGUUGGAAUUGUUCUGUACAAAACUUUAUUCAUGAUAUUGGUCAGACUGGGCGCGGGUCUGAUCUACUUGUAUCUUUUUGUGGGCCUUAACUGCUCUCGCUGAGAUGUAUCGUAUAGUUUUACUUCUGUGGGUAACUGUCGCAGCUACUCAGAGUCCUUACAAUAUCGAUUCUCGAGGAGUUUCAUUUUCGGGAAAAUCGAGUAAUUUUGGACCGCUGUACACACCCGGCCUUGGAGCUGUCAGCAAUGGCUACAGAGAUGAUAGUUAUGAAGAUAAUGCUGUCACACCUACACCGCUCUAUCGUAAACCAACAUCAUCAUCAGAUGGAACGAUCAGGAUAGUCUCAGGAUUGCGUGGGGGACCACCGCGGAAUGGGCCGUUUGAUAAAAAUGCACCGUCUGUGGAACCGCUUGAGGAGGAAAAAGAUGAACCUGAUCGGUUGAGCCUGUUAUUGCCGCAAAGCAAAUUUGACUGCAUCAAUAAACAGACUGGCUACUAUGCUGAUGAGGAUCUUAAUUGCGAAGUCUUCCAUUACUGUCACGAAAAUGCAAAACACUCGUGGAUAUGCCCAGAAGGGUUCACGUUUCACCAGGUACAUUUAAUUUGUAUGCCACCGAGUGGUGAUAUAAAUUGCAAAAAGAGUUCGAAAUACCACUUCGUAAAUGAGUACUUGUACAAGCCUUUGAAUCAAGAGGAAGCAGAGACAAAACCAAAUGUGACACUGAGGUACAGUGAGAGAUACUUCCCAGGAGACAUAUUCACUGAUGAGCGCGAAUCAGAGGAAUACCAAGCUUCUUCAAUUUCCCAAAAACGGCCAGCCCUCCAGCCGCAGUCUUAUUCAUCAACUGGAAAUAGUCUACCGCCAUCAUCACGCCCUAUUCCUCACAGUUACACACAAUUUCGUCUGCCCGUCAAUCAAGUAUUCCGAAGCCCCGAAGAAGUGAAUAUUCCAUUGCAACAGAGACGACCGCAGCAACAGCAACAAGUUCUCCGAAGAUUUCCACCGAUACGCUCCGAAGAAGACUAUGAAUAAUUUUUUUUAAAUAAAGAACAAAAAUUUCCAUAUUUUAGGAGUAUUAAGAGACUGCCGGUGAGAUUUGGGUGAUAUACUGAUGUAUGUUUAAUAAACUCGAUCGUUCUUUUGGA